AUGUCCACCGCCGAGCUCGCCUCUUCCUACGCGGCCCUCAUCCUCGCCGAUGAUGGUGUCGAGAUCACUGCCGACAAGCUCCAGACCCUGAUCAAGGCUGCCAAGAUCGAGGAAGUCGAGCCCAUCUGGACCUCCCUGUUCGCCAAGGCUCUUGAGGGCAAGGACGUCAAGGACCUGCUCUCCAACGUUGGCUCCGGUGGUGGCGCUGCUGCCCCCGCUGCCGGCGGCGCUGCCGCUGGCGGUGCUACCGAGGCUGCCGCCGAGGAGGCACCCAAGGAGGAGGAGAAGGAGGAGUCCGACGAGGACAUGGGCUUCGGUCUCUUCGACUAA